CGGAAAUAGCACCCUCCAAUUCUGAUUAGCCUCUUGUUUAUACUACAUUGCGGUGAGCUAAGCCUGCACUGGCUCACUUAACCCUUCUGCGGGCACGAACGCUGUAACUCCCGUGUCCCUUGGAGAAAGGAACACCUCCCUCCAAAGUGUUACCAAGAGACAGAGAAGUGAUCCUGCAAACUACCACCACCACCAUGAAGACAUCAAAUGUUCUUGUUCUCAUCUUGGUCCUGCUUUACAUCAAUGCCAGCACAGAAUGGCCUACGCACACAGUCUGCAAAGAGGACAACUUGGAAAUAUAUUACAAAAGCUGUGAUCCCCAGCAAGAUUUUGUUUUCAGCAUUGACAAGUGUUCUGAUGUCGCAACCCACACCUUUAACAUCAGAGCUUCAAUGGUCCUACGACACAACAUCAAGGAACUAUAUGUCAAGCUUCACCUGAUCAUAAAUGGGAAGACGGUCUUAACCUACUCAGAGACCCUCUGCGCGCCGGGUCAUUCUAAGCUUAUUUUCUGUGGAAUGAAGAAAGGAGAACACCUCCACUAUGAGGGACCAGUCACGCUGGGAAUCAAAGAAAUCCCACAGGGAGAUUACACUGUUUCAGCAAAGCUGACUAAUGAAGAUCAUGUCACUGUCGCUUGUGCCGAUUUUACCGUGAAAAAUUAUUUAGACUAUUAUUAGCAACAAACCAAUUACAUGAAAGCUACAGACUAUCAAAACUAUUCAAGCCAAGUAGGCUGCUUGCAUGCUACGAUGAUUCUGAAGAAAAUAAUCCCCACGUGGUGAUUCUGAUGGUGUUCCUCUUUAUAAUUCACUAUUUUCAAGAAUUUACUAGAUCCUCUAGUGGUACCUUUUAUCUCUAAAAGCACACUGUAGCCUACUUUUUUCUUCUAAUAUAUACAGCUGUAAGUAGAAAGUAUCCAAUACCAACAUUUUCAUUUUAGGAUGAAAAUAGCACGAAGCAGAACAGGUGAGAGCCUAUACAAUUUUUUGCAGUAAGUUAUGGAGGUAUCAAUUUCUAACACAGGCUAAAGACUUGAGAUAUAUAUAUAUAUAUAUCAUAUAUUAUGCAGUUACAGCAUUCAACAUCUUAAGUCUUCUCUGGGGCCAAUCUGGAGAUUCCACUAGUACAGAUUUUGUUAUAAUCACAGAACAAAACCAGAUAGGAUGAACACGCCCUUUUUCCAGUGAUCCAUGUCCUGUUACUGGAUUCAUAUCACUCUAACCUUCUGUAACCUUCUGGAGUCUACCUGGAAUUUUUUGUUCUUUAAUGUCUUUUAAGGGACAUGUGAAUCAUUCUGUACCUAAGCUAUUUGCUCUUCUUGCUUCUCAAUAAAUUCAUAAUGAAAGA